GUGAGAUUUUUCAAGUAUUGUACUGAAUAAUAUAACUUCAAACUAUGUUGCUGCCAUGAAAUGGUUGUGAAAUGAACUAACUGAGCAGGUGUGAAUCAGAACACUCCUGUGAUAUGCUAGAACUUUGUUUGGGUCAAUGCACGAGGUGGUAAAUAAUCCUGACAUGGAGCGUCGCUUGAAACUUAAAUCCAUGAGGCGCAUUGCCGGCAACAAUAACCGGUGCAAAGAAGUGGCAAGUGACUGCGAAAAGCCAGUCCUUCUUUCGCACCGACCCAGCUUCAACAGCGACACUAAACCAGAAUGUCUGAAAAAGUACGCGGACACCAGCAGUGAAUGUAAAGUUGUUGAUAUUUCACAAGAUGUGUCUGCUCUAACUGAUAGGGAACGUAACCUGAGAAACUACUUUGCUACGCACAGAAACUCGCGUAGUUGUGACAUUACGGACAAGGAUGUCGUGCUUGAUGUUAAACAACAAGGUUUUGCUGACGAUGUGUACAUGGAUGGUAACCAACGAAGUGCGAGUCAUGUCAGGUCUCUCAAUAUCCGUAAUGGAAUUGAGCAAAUCAGAGGUAGUAUGACUCCGCGUACAAAUGUAAGUAUAGAAAAAAUAAAUAAGAGUGUACAAUGUUACGACAGUGGCAGUGAUGCUGAGAGCGAAGUGACAGAUUCUAAUGACAGCGAUGGCGUCACUUUGCAAAUCAUUAACUACCGCGAGCCUGUUAAAAAUAUCCACAAUGAGGUUGAAAAGCCCUCAAACUUAUCUCAAAGAGACAACAGAAAAAUUAUCGACUUUGCUUCUCCAACGAAAGGGAAUUCAGCUCGAAUAAUUAUAAACAGCCCUAACGUUUCUCCUAUUCUUCCCUCCAAAUCGCCACUCAAAAAAUCAAAAUCACUUAACCUGGAACCCAAUACAAUUAAAAUUUACACUACUGGUGUGCAGAAAAUUACUGAUGAUCGAAUGCGGGCAAGUUGUGCGGACCUGAAACCAGAAAAUAUUGGAAGAUGUGAAGUCAAAAAUUUUCUAAGGUCUCCUCGGAAAUCUCAAGUACCUGAGGGAUUUCAGGAAGUGUCAUCGUGCCUUGAAGGAUCCAUGUCUUCCUCUUCAUGUCUUGAUACAAUCAUCGAAAAUAUUAACAAUUCGAACGAAAACCUACUUGGCUCGUGUCGAAAUCAAUCAAGUAACAUGCCACCAGCCUUUUACGACCCUUAUUCGCCGCAAAUAAUGGAAUCGUCUUCAAAAUUUUCCAAGCUGUCAUCGCCCAACCCAGUUCAUCGUAUUCGCCACUCAAAGUCUGACAUUCAACUUCCGAUCAAUCAUUCCCCUUGUACACCACCUCGUCGAGUGUCUCCCGUCAGCAAUGUUGACCUCGCUCAUUCAAAUGACAAAGUUCGCCGUUCCAAAUCCCGCAACGAUGGGCAGAUUUUUGGUAUCAAAAUUAGGCCAGAUUUAAGGAAGUUUGGCCAGAUAACAAAACGAAGCAAAACUUUUGCCGGCCCAAGAGGAGCUCCUUGUAAUUCUAUUGAUUCCGUGGGUCACCCAUAUGAAAAUAAGUCCGAGACAAAUAUAGAAACAAACAAAUAUAUUGCUGACCGAGAACGAGAGUCGUGUAGAAGUGAGCGUUUGCCUGGCGAUGAGAAUGAGAAAUACGAUGUUCCAGAAAAAUCUCCUGACAAAAAACCAGGUAUACCUCCCAAGGCUCUUAGGCGUUCAAGUUUAUCUGUCCCCCGACAGAAUAUUUUAAACGGAGACAGUCUUAAUGCAUUUGUGAUCGAAUGCACACCUCUCAAUAACAUCCAUGGCCUAGCCGAUUGUUUCCCGAGUAAUAAUUAUGAAGCUACCAGAAGAAAUUCUAUCGCACGGAAAGAAUACGUCGACAGCGAAGCAAGCACAGCACCGAACUCUAGUGAUACAUCUGAGAGCGACCACUCGUUAACGCGGCCUAAACCCAAUUCAGCAAGAAUCCUCAGCAACUCGAAUGUCACUCCCGACAUGACUGACAGACGCCAUCGUAAUUCCAUCUCGGUGACUCCUCGCAGUCACGUGAAAUUUACAUGCGUGACGGAGUCCGACGGCCCUCGUCUGAAAUCUUCUAUGGAGCCAAAGAAUAUUAGGGGAGGUGCUGAUGCUGGUAUCACAGCUACUGACCAGCCGAGUCAAGGGACCGUAGGUGGUGCCUUCAAACGUUGCGUGCAACUUCUGCGGAGCCGGUCAGCCGUGUCGCAGAGAGACCGGCCUAACUUCACCCUGUCCCCCAGUAGAAUCGGUUACGUCAACUCAUCGUCCGCGUCAUCGAAAAACAGCCCCGGCAACAAGCCUAAACUUGCUGUUAUUGGACCAG